AAACAGCGCACAUUCUAAACUCGUCGUUACGAAGAAGGGCUUUCCAACCGAUGACUAACGAUAGCGUGAUAGAAGCAUCAAAAUGCAAAUCGGAGGUCUUGGACAACACAGAGAAAAUGGAUUGUGAUCAGAAUACUCAGUUGUCAGUGGUUGUAAAUAUACCUACUCCUCCUGGUCCUCAGUGCUACUGUAUGUCACCACGUGAUUUUAGCAGACCGGAUUUUCAGUGUAGUGUUUGUUAUAAAUGGUUCCAUCUUGAAUGUAUAGCAUUCAACAUAGGAAAGGCGUUACCUUUCCUAACAGCUUACCAUUUCAUGUGUAAGAAAUGCAACCCGAUCGGGGAAGAAGUAUUUUCCAGAAAGCAGGCGAACUUUACAGUUAUGUGUCAAACAGCUCUUGCCAACUUGAUGUUGAAGCAUGGAGGGCGUUUGUACUUCAUGGAAAUGAAGGAACUCAUCCCUUUUUUAGAAGAGUACUGGGAAGAACUUACAACACAACCUAGAAGGUCCAAUAAUUCUUGGUAUCCAAAUAUUCACAAAACUUUGACUAGUAGUGAUGUAUUCAAGACCGUAGAAACUUCAGAUGGACUUUGUGUAUGCUUGUCUAACACUGAUCUUACCAAGAUUGGUCCAAGUUAUGAUCGAUUUCGUGCUCUCACAAGUCAACUUCGGACAAAUAUUACUAAACUAGGAGUUCCUUCCGCUAACAUACCAAACAAUGUGUCACAGACCCAACCAUCUAUAUCAGGUUCCGUUUCUGAUGCACUUGACCAAUCAUCAAAUCUUACUUCCUCUAAUAAUCAGUUGUCUUUCACCAAUGAAGCCGAUGGCAUAGAUGUGCCUGUUUGGCGUAAACGCAAAUCUCCUGGCAGUGGGUUAGCUGGUGGGAUGGGAAACUUUUACAAUGGUUCUUCAGUGAUAUCUACUGUUCCAGGUGGAUCAUCAGAAAGUGCAGCACUUGGUACUGUGACUAAUGCUGAUGUCCCAGGGUUCCCUGGUACUAGAACUGCUGCCUCAUCAAAUGGUGAUGUAAAUAACGGGUUAUCCAGUGGUCUUGUACGUUCAACUCGUCGGGCCACUUCGGCAUCUGUUCUUGGUGGGACCACACCUUUAAGUGGAACUUCAGGUUCUGAUGAAGGACGUGCAAAGUUAAAUUCUUUGGGCUUCCCGAUUGAUCAUGCACUAAAUAAGGAAGGUUAUCGUUACAUUUUGGUGGAACCGGAUAAACAUGCCUCCGGUCGGGAGCAGUGGGACGAAUGCGAGUUUACAGCUGGGAAACCCAUACCUGGUCUCUUUUAUCGUGUGUUUUUAUGCUCGCAAGUAGUCUUAUCUCUGAGUGAUCGUGCAAAUCAUUUGAAAGUUCACGAAUCGCAGUUGUCAGUUACUGGUGAGAAGGGUUAUUGUAUGGUCCGUGCCACUCAUAGCGUUAAUUCAGGUACUUGGUACUUCGAAGCAACUAUCACAGAGCAACCAGAAGGUUCUGCAACUAGAAUCGGUUGGUCUCAAAUGUAUGGUAACUUACAAGCACCUUGUGGUUAUGAUAAGUUUAGUUAUUCUUGGCGUUCACGUCUUGGCACCGCAUUUCAUGAGUCUCGGGGAAAGCAUUACGCUGAUGAAGGUUAUAAAAAAGAUGAUGUUAUUGGGUGUAUGAUCCAUUUACCUUCAACUACUGGUCCUUUCACAUCGUUAGAAAAUCAAUAUUCAGAGUCUUCUGGACUGUUUAAAACGCCCCAAGCGAAUUCAUUAUCAUCUGUGGCUGGCGACAUUAAAUCCAACUUAAACAAUACAUCUAGUGGACAGAAUCUCAAUAAAUAUAAAACUUUAUUUUGUACUUCUAAUUAUCUUCCUGAGACAUAUAAAGAUCGUGUAAGCUGAUCUUUUGAUUUCAAUUCAAAUUUUAUUUUUCAAUUUUUUCGAGAUUUUGCAAUAUAUUACCACUGAAUCAUAGUAUUAUUAUUUGAAGAUCAACCUAACGUGAUGGCUUCAAUGUACCAUUGAUUAUUAAUGAUAUAUCAUUAAAUCUUUUUAACAUUCACAAUUUAGCAUUGAGGUGGAAUAAAUGUAUUAAAUGAGUUUGUUUGUAGGUAUUUAUAAUUAAUUAUUGUCGCCUACGAAAAUUCUAUCAGUCUAUGUAUUUUUAUCAUUCUGGAUAACCAUCACUGAUCAGGAAGCAUUAAACAAUUGCUUUGUUGCGGUUGGGAACUUUCGAAAAAAAGAAAGUGAUAUGAGGUAUGGAAGUCUGGGCUGAUGGACUUUAGCGGGACGUCCUACGUCUUAUACGAUUGAUUGAUAUACCCUCUACUCUGUACAAUAUCAUAUACAGGACCUUCAGUUCCUUAUGAUAUUUCACAUAACCACUUCUAAAUUUUAAUUAAGAUAUCAGUUUCAAAGCUUGCGAUGUCCCUGUGCGCAUAUUUCUUUUGAUGUAUAUAAUUAUCUACAUAGUUUAUUGUCUGUUCCAUUUAAAUAAUAUGGUUAGACGAGGAAUGAAAUUUCAUAUAAGUGGUAUAUCAUGUAACUGUGUUUACGAAAUUACUUCUGAUUUCAGUAAAUGUCACGUAAUUUUUGGCUCUUGUUUUUCUUUACUAGCCACUCAUCAGAUUUCGAAAUUCUUUUUACUUUGAGGAGAAGGAUGAACCGACAAAAGCGGAAAAAUUACUUCAUCCGUUGCCUGGUAGUAAGGUGAGCAAGAAGUAUUUAAGCAAUGCAUUUUCGAUUAUUAUGAUCAAUGUCAGUAUUUCGAACUUUCUUCAAAUUUGUGACGUUGUGACCUGUUGUAUAUAAAUGUCUUAGUUUUUUCCGAAAACAUUUUGUCUACCAAGUUUGUUUAAACAUCAAUAAGUCUGUGAAGUCUAAUAGGAUAGAUUCCUAUUUCAGUGGAAGGUGACAGUUUUAAUCUCAUUUUACGGUAUCUCAGACAUUAUUAUCAUAAGUUUAUGAAUAAAAAUAAGUAAAUGUUACUAUAAAAGAGUUUGGGGCAGACUCGUCAACUUACUGCUAAGGUCUCACAUAGUUAUGGAUUUUGUACAGUAACAGUGCAGAUAUAUCAAAAUUAUUCAAUUAAAUGACUAUAAAUUUAUUUCUAUAUACCCUAGAAUAUUCUAGAUCUAAACUAGUCUAAUCAAUGUAAACUCCUAAAUAGAUCUGUAUUUCCUACUUCAGUCUCGGGAUUUGGUUUUAAGGGUGUCAUAUUACUGACAGUGAAUUAGCCAUCAGGAAACAAUAUAUACUGUUAAGCAGAAAGUAAAGUGAAUUUUCCGACUUGUUAAUGAGGAUACAGUAAUUGUUUCUGAAUAAGUGAUCAGAAUACUCCACACAAGACAUCCAACUUGGCUACGUUGACGAUCAAAAACCAUUCAGGCAUUCAUACUGUGUGAUAGUGUUCAACGUGGUUAAUUAGAAUAAAUGUAGAUAAGAAAAAUCUAUAAAUCAUAGAAAUAUCCCACUCGGACGUUUUCCAAUUAACAUAUAGUGACGAUAUCUACUACGACUUACAUAAGUGGUCAACGGGAAAAUUUAUAGAAAGUGUGUAAAACUUGACCAGUUAUGAGUUAACUAAUAUUAACCAUUUAUAAUUUCAGAUAAUAUUAUAGGUAAUAUGCAUUAGUUUCCUUCAAAUAUUAAACUAGAGUUAACACAGUGUAGUCGUACUUCGAAAGUGAGAUGGACUCUUGUUUGUUCGUUUCAUAUUUAUUGUUGAUUUCUGAUUCUCGUAUUACUUCUUCAUGUUUAUAGACGUGACAACAUAUUACUAAUUUAUUUUGAUCGAAUUCGUAGGGAAUUUUAUCGUUUUUUUGGUAGCUUAGAAGCGUUAUAUUUAUUUCGUAGAGUUUGUGUGUAAUCUAAAGGUAUGUUUAAAAAUGUUAAAAUAUCUUAUCAUGGGUAAACAGAUGAAACCGAAAGAAUACGUGUUUAAACGGGCAUAUUUUAGCGUUACUAUGGCUUUUAUCUCUCAGUCCUUUUCUCAUUACUUCUUUAAGUUGUAGGGAAGUGGGAAUUCUAAACGAUUUAGAUCAAUAAUACGAUUGUUUUUUCUUCAUUUUGAGAUCAUCCAGUGUAGUGAGGUUUUCAUUAUAUCAACGACUAGAUUUUUGACAAUGUCCACGUUGACUCAUUCUUUUUCGUAUGUCAGAUUUUCUUAGUUAAUUAUUAUAUUAACUACUUUGUUGUUAGGUUACUCAUUUUUAAAAAAAAACAUGUUCGGAAUAAAUAAUGUCAGUAAAAAUAUUAUGCUUGUUGAUUAAAUUUCACUGCAAUUACUUGUCACCACGGAUUUUGGCAUUACUGUUGUUGUCUCCAUGUCUAGAUUGUAUUUCAUUUAGCUCUCCCUGAUAUUCCAUAUGAUAAUUAUAGAACAUGCGUGUUUAAUAAUCGCUUUUUGUAUGACAAUAUGUUUCAUUAGACAAAUACUGAUCUUACAAAUUUUCAUCUCUGCGUCCGUUAAUAAUCGCAAAUCCAAUAUUUUCUCGAAAACAUUAAUUUCAUGUUGCUGUUGUUCUCAGUUUUCUUUAAUAAUUCACUAAGACAACUGAUUGGAUUUCUUUUCACUCUAUUAAAUGCAUAAAAAGGUUCAAUUGUUUCUUUUUUCUGUCCUCCUGGAAAUAAUUCUCUUUUCUUUCUAAAUCUCUAAAUCCGUUAUAUCUUUUGUCCAGCUGGUUAUUUUUACGGAUCACAAUUAGUAUCGUUCCAUUAAGUAGAAAAAAUAAAAAUGGGUGGAGUUUAAUUAUUUUUCCUUCUCUUCUAUCAUACACACUGACAGGUUUUGAAAAUAAAACUGUUCAUACUGGUGUCAUAAAUUUUAUACGCAGUUUUAUUUGUUUCUUGUCAAGUUCGUAUAUUUAAAUUUUAUUUUAUUUCCGAUUCUACAUUAAGAUAAAUGUGCACAUUAUGACCAUGAAUUCAAGAUUUAGACGUUAGUCUUGUAAACUGAACUAUCUGUUUAAUAUAUUACACCACAGUUCAUGUAAUUUGGUGGGGUAAUUAAUUUUCUUUCAAGGCCGUAUUGACACUUGUUGGAUUCAGUUGUCCUGUGUUGAUUGGUCCUGAUAAUCUAUGGGAUUAUCGACUAUCGUUUAUCUGAAUUCCAGUGAAGAUAUACGCUUCUUGAUAGAGUCGUAACUAAAUCCUCUUAUCAUGAAGUGUUUUACUUAAAUGAUACACAUUCUUUCACAGUGAUGCUGUAAUAUACGUUUAGUACAAAAGUUUUUUAUUCAUACGUCCUGGGUUAAAAGCGUUUGACGUAAUAAUAAAUGAAUAUUUAGCUAUUUGAGUUUUCGAACUGUUUAAUCUGAUUUAGGAAAUAGUGUGUAUAUGUUUGUGUGUGUCUGGGUGUACAUUUUUUUACAUAUAAUGUAUUCUUAGUUUUUAAUAUUUUCAGAUUACGUUCUACCACAAUGGUAAAUGUAUGGGAGCAGCUUUUACUAAUAUCUAUGCAGGUACUUAUUAUCCAGCAAUAUCAAUAUAUAAAUCUGCUACUGUUUCUGUCAAUUUCGGUCCAUACUUUAAAUAUCCUCCGAGUGACGUAACAGACUGGGAACCGGUAAGUGCUUUGCAAAAAUCAUUUAUUUGUUAGCGUCAAAAAAAAGAUAGUAAACUUCUUCAAUGUGGAACUCUGAAGGUUUAGUAUUAAGACGGGGUUGAUCUUCAUCUGGUAUCCAUGGCUCACUUCUAGACAAUCGCACAAAACUUCUAUUCACUCAUUUUCGCUAUUAAGAAAAUAGUUACCAGUCUGCAAUGCAUAGUUUUUCGUGAUUGAUCCAAUCUAUUUUCUCUUUCCUUUUUCUAUGGUUCCACUUCAAUAUUUAUCUCAUUCACUACAGAUUUAAUACUUCAUUGAUUGAUUUAACUUAGUAGGGGCUCGUUUACCGUUUACUUUUCGACUAGUUGUACCAUACGUGAACGAUGAUCGUAAAUGGACAUCGUUAAUCAGAUAUCUACAUUGACCGUGUACCGUACUAGACUACACCUCUAUACUGGUAUAUUAUCCCCUAGUUUAGUAGAAAUAUGUCGUUGGAUUUAAUAUGUGUUGAAAUGUCUCGUUAGUCCUUAACCCUCUAGAACUAAUGCAGUUACUCAGAUAACUGAAACGGUUGCUACCAUACAUCAUUUUACUUCACCCAUAAAGUAUCGGGCUCCACUUGUUUGUUUCAAAUACGUUUGUCAGUGUGUGUUAUCGUUUUUAUCCAACUGAUAAACAUUGCGUAGGUGUAUUGACUCGAUUAAAUACUAUCAUUAGUUCAGUAUUGGAAAAUUCAAUAAAUCAAUCACUAUCCGCAGAAGAAUGUCCUCCUUAAUGGUCUUUUCAGUGGUUGGUUGAUUAAAAUAGUAAGGAAUCAGUGGAAAUUUUUAAGUUUAUCGUGUACUUAAUAGAAUUUUCCGUGACCUCUAUAUAAUUUUUCAGUGUCUACUUGUUCUUGUAAUUAGUAGUUUUUUUCUUGUUUUUCCAGAUGUCUUCUCGCGUUAUAAGCGCUGCUGUUGAACAAACUGUGGCAGAUAUGAUCUGUUUAGUAGAAAAAGACGGAUUCAUUGAGCGUACGAUCAAAUCAUGUACUCCUCAAUUUAAUUAACCAAAGGUUUUUAAAAAUUAUGAAGAUUUAAUUCUAUCUUAAACUCAUUUGUAAGUGUCAAAAAGUUAAUUUUCCUUCUACUAACUCUACAUCCUCAUCUCUUUUUGGUCAAUUUGUAUUAAUUGAACCUGUUUUCUAUCUGAUUAUUGCAAACUGAACUACUCAAGCUUAAUUGUUGUACUCAUUCUAAAUUUUUUUUUCGCAUCUUGUUCAUAGAGUUUUUAUAUUUUCAUAUGCUGUAUAUUUAUCUAUGGGUUUAUUUUAUUAGGUAUCAUUAUUGAUUUAGUUCUCCGUAAUGUUUCUAUACCUUUCUAUUCACUAUACAUGUCUAUGUAUGUGCUUAGGAAAGAUAGAGUACUUGUGAGCUUUGUAUCUCUUUGUAAUGCUGUUCGAUGGUGGUUAUCAUCCAUUAUGGUGUUGAUUUUUCAAUUUUCUUCAUUUCUGUGUCUUCUUUUUUUCAAAGUAAAACAGUAAUAAAUAAAUAUUUAUGUACCAUUUAUGUCGUUCCUUCAAAUAAAAAUUACCGAAUCAGUUUUAAAAGAAUACAGACUAAAAAAUUC